GCACAUACGCCACGCUGCACCUGUAGUUUAAUAUCUGGAUUGCGAGGAAAGCCCUUGUCACUGCGUUGAGCUCCCCUACUUACGAUCUUUGCGGUUUGCUUCUAUUUUAGAAGCAUCGCGCUAGCGGUCCAGCCACCAUGAACGAGGAGUAUGACGUGAUCGUGCUGGGCACGGGUCUGAAGGAGUGCAUCAUCAGUGGCCUGCUGUCGGUGGACAAGAAGAAGGUCCUGCAUGUGGACCGCAACAACUACUACGGUGGCGAGUCCGCGUCGCUCAACCUCAUCCAGCUGUUUGAGCGCUUCCGCGCGGGCGCUGCGCCGCCGCCCAGCCUGGGCCCCUCGCGCGACUACAACGUGGACAUGGUGCCCAAGUUCAUGUUGGCCAACGGCAAGCUGGUGCGGGUGCUGCUGCACACCGACGUCGUCAAGUACCUGGAGUUCAAGGCCGUGGACGGCAGCUAUGUGCUUCAGAAGGGCAAGAUCCACAAGGUGCCGGCCAACGACUCGGAGGCUCUGCGCUCGCCGCUGAUGGGCCUGUUCGAGAAGCGCCGCGCGCGCAACUUCUUCCUCUACGUGCAGGACUACGACGAGUCUGACCCCAAGACGCACAAGGGCCUGGACCUGAACCGCAUGACCAUGGCGGAGCUGUACAAGCACUACGACCUGACGGAGGACACGCAGGACUUCAUCGGCCACGCCCUGGCGCUGCACCGCGAUGACGCCUACCUGACCCAGUCCGCCAUGCCCACCGUGCUGCGGAUCAAGCUCUACCACGAGUCGCUGUUCAGGUACGAGGGCCUCAACUCGCCCUACCUGUACCCGCGCUACGGGCUGGGCGAGCUGCCGCAGGCCUUUGCCCGCCUGAGUGCCGUGUACGGCGGCACCUACAUGCUCAACCAGCCGGCGGUGGAGGUGCUGUACGAGAACGGCGUGGCGGUGGGCAUCAAGAACGGAGCCGACGUGGCCCGCGCCAAGCUGGUGGUGGGCGACCCCAGCUACUUCCCCGACAAGGUCCGGGUGGUGGGCAAGGUGGUGCGCGCCAUCGCCAUCAUGAACCACCCCAUUCCCAACACCGACAACGCGCACAGCGUGCAGAUCAUCCUGCCCCAGAAGCAGACCGGCCGCAAGUCCGACAUGUACGUGUUCUGCUGCUCCUACGCGCACAACGUGGCUGCCAAGGACAAGUGGCUGGCGUUCGUGAGCACCACCAUGGAGACCGCCAACCCUGAGGCGGAGCUGUCUGCGGGCAUGGCGCUGCUGGGCCCCGUGGAGGAGAAGUACAUCGAGGUGCGCGACAUCUGCGAGCCGCUGGACGACGGCACCAAGGACCAGGCGUUCAUCAGCAAGGGCUACGACGCCACCACGCACUUCGAGACCACGGUGGACGACGUGCUGGACAUGUACCGCCGCAUCACCGGCCGCGACCUGGACCUCACCGCCAAGGAGCCCGUCACGGUCGAGGCGUAAGCGCGGCGUGUGCCGCAGUCGCUGUGUGUGGCACGUGUUUGGACCUUGCGCCAGGAAUUGGGCCGCGUGCAGCGCUUUCGUGCGGAACUUGCUGGGAGGGGGGCCAGUGCUGACCUGGCUUAGGUGAAUUUUGCCUGGGUGUUUGCCAGGCCGGGUGAUGUGCGUUGGCUUGAUAGGGCUAGUGGGAAGUGUUGGGGAUGUGGCGCGUCUGGCAGGGCUCGCAGUACUUGGGUCAUAGGCGGGGCUGCAAUGGCGCGCGGGUUGUUAGAUUGGCCUGGGCGGCCUGGGCACGGCUAACAGGAGGUUGACUCGCGCUGUUGUUUUGUGUGUAACCACAACUUCGU